CCUUCUUCUCGCGAGAUUUAUUACGGCGCUGUCAGAUACGUGGCCACGGGCCAAGAAGUUGCAGCAGGGGACUUUCUAAACUCUCCGCUCCUUCCACAGACAAUGACAACCAGGGAGAGUUUAUAGCAUAGCCGGCGAGUUGCCAUUAACUUUGCCGAGGGAGUUCUCUGCCACGUUUAUAUAACGUUAAAGACCUCGACAUAACAUAUUGGCUUGUUGGGAGUAGUUGGAGAAGCCUAGAUCUCACUCUUUAAUUUGAGUUUUUACGCGAUAUGGAAUCAUCCCUGGAGUUCUCAAACUCUUUCACCAGUGUGUCUUCGCCCUCCGCGCGGUGUCGGAUCUUCAAGAUCAUCGUGAUCGGAGACUCCGGUGUCGGUAAGACCUGUCUCACCUACCGGUUCUGUGCCGGUGAGUUCCUCGACCGAACCGAAGCCACCAUCGGUGUCGAUUUCCGUGAGAGAUUGGUCGAGGUCGAAGGCGAGAAAAUCAAGCUCCAGCUAUGGGACACGGCGGGCCAGGAGCGUUUCAGGAAGUCGAUGGUCCAGCAGUACUAUCGGAACGUUCAUGCUGUUCUCUUCAUCUACGACGUCACCAGACCAGACAGCUUCAGAGGCCUGCCAGCCUGGAUAGAGGAGUGUAGAAGGUACUCACUGGGACAGGAGAUAACCAGGUUCCUCGUGGGCAACAAGAGCGACCUCCGUGACACCUGCAGCUGUGACCCCGGCUCCAUCAAGGUCGAAGGUCAGGUGACACGGGAUCAGGCCCAGAAGUUUGCAGUUGCACACGGGAUGAUUCUGUUUGAAACGUCUGCUAAAAGCCUCCCUGGAGGAGGAGGAGGAGGAGGAGAACCAGGAGGGGGGCAUCAGGACAGCGUGGAGGAUGUGUUCAUGGCCCUGGCCUCCAGGCUGAAGAGACAGACCAGACCUCCUCCCCCGGUUCUCAACAACACAGGAGUGUCUGGGUCCUAUUGUGGGUCCUAUACAGGGACAUCUUCUUUCAGACUGCCAGCCAAGAAGAACCCUCAGAAAGACUUCUGGACAUGCACCUGUUGAGAGAGGCAGGGUGAGAAGAGGGAUGGAGGGAGGGGGAGUGGGAACAGGGGAAUUUAGGGUGCCCACCAAGAACUCAGAGAAAGCCUUCUGGACAUAUACCUGAAGGAAGGAAGGAAGGGAGAAGUCCUCUCUGAUCAAGCAUCUAUAUCAGUGGAGGCUGGUGAGGGGAGGACGGCUCAUAAUAAUGGCU